UUAUGCAACCAACCAACCCGUAUAUUCCUCCAUGCCCGUACAUAUUCUUUUGAGAAAUUAUCAAUCAAUGACGACCGGCUUAUCUGAUAACAAUCCACAGUGAUUUGAAACCCCCACUUAAGUCGACAAGGCGAAGUUACACAACUUUGUAGACCAGACAUCAUGCUGUUAGCAAUCUCUGUGGAUUUAUCAUUUCACACUUGACAGUUAUUCAGAGAGAGGUUGCAGCAAAUCUGAUCAUCCAGCAUGGGUUUUACAAGUAGCCUUCUGCAGCUCGUUCCUCUUAGUCUUCCAGUUCUGAUUGUGUUCUUGGUCGGCAUAGGAGCAGUCUCAUACUAUCUCUUGGUUGCAUCUAAAAAGGUUUCAAAAGCGAAAAGAACUGAAUCCAACCAUGUCAAGAAAACAAGAAACCCUUCCGAUCCAGAAGUUAUCAUCGUUGGUUCAGGAAUCUUAGGCUCAGCGAUGGCUGCUGUCUUGGGCAAGGAUGGACGUCGAGUCACGAUAAUUGAGAGAGAUUUAAAACAGCCAGAUCGAAUUGUUGGUGAACUCUUGCAACCUGGUGGUUAUGAUUGCUUGAAAGCCCUAGGAUUAGAAGAGAGUGCCGAAGAUAUAGAUGCUCGCUGCGUAGAGGGGUACAUCAUUCAUGACUUGGACACCAAGUCCAAAGUCGAUCUUUCCUAUCCCAAAGAUGAAAUGGAAACAAUACAGUCAGGACGUGCCUUUCAUCACGGCCGAUUUGUCAUGGGUCUAAGACAAGCUGCUAUGAAACAGAAGAAUGUCACAUAUAUAGAAGGAACAGUGACAAAGAUUCUAGAAGAAAAUGGCUGCGUAGCUGGUGUUGCCUACAAAGAGAAGGGGCUACAAGAUGAAAGAGAAAUCUUUGCACCCCUCACCAUUGUCGCCGAUGGCUGUUUCUCCAAAUUCCGUAAAUCUCUCGUCACCUCAAAUGUAAAAACAACCUCACAUUUUGUUGGUACUAUCAUGAAGAAUUGCCCUCAGAUAAAAGAGAACCAUGCAGAGCUUGUUCUAGCUGACCCCUCCCCCGUCUUGAUUUAUCGGAUAGCUGAGGAAGACACCAGGGUGUUGGUGGAUGUUCGAGGUCCAAUGCCUAAGGAUAUGAAGGGGUACAUGAUGGACAAGAUUCAUCCUCAGUUACCAGACCAUCUCCAAGAACCAUUCCUAGACUCCAUUCAAAACGACCGUAUCCGCAGCAUGCCAAGCAGUUUCCUCCCACCAGCACCUCUUGAGAAACCAGGUGUAUUACUCCUAGGAGAUGCCAUGAACAUGAGACAUCCACUGACAGGUGGUGGAAUGAGUGUUGCUCUUAACGAUGUUAGAAUAUGGAGGGGAUUACUGAAGGAUAUACCAGACUUGGAUGAGCAUGAACAAAUCUUGAAGUCAUUGAGAGCCUUCCAUUGGCUGCGAAAAACCUCCCAUUCGUUUGUAGUCAAUGUUCUUGCUCAAGCUUUGUAUGAGCUGUUUGCUGCAACAGAUUGUCAUUUGAUGCAGCUGAGGAGAGCUUGUUUCCAUUAUUUUAAGCUCGGCGGUCAGGCCGUGUCUGGACCUGUUGGACUUCUCUCUGUAUUACAUCCUAAACCCCUUGUACUGGUUGGUCAUUUCUUCGCUGUUGCACUGUAUGCCGUCUACUUUGCAUUUAAGUCUCAAUCUUGGCUAACGAAACCCUUGGCAAUCUACGAGUCAUUCUUGAUAUUUGGUAAAGCAUGUAUGGUCAUCUUUCCUCUUAUCCUAUCAGAGCUCCACAUGGUGAAGUGAAAUGUUCCUAAAGGAGUCACGGAAAUCUGAAGAAGCUUUGGCAUAUUAAACAAACUUGUCUUCCUUGAAUUUUUAAACAGGGCUCGUUAAAAUUUGUAUUGCUGUUUCUCUUUCAAAGUUGCAAGAAAUUUUGAUCUGAUGUUUGUGCGAAUUUUAUUUUGGUUUCACACUAAUAAUAUCAAAAAGCCCACAUUAACUUUCAAACAAAAUUUUAUAAAUUUACGUCGAGUAAGUUUUGGUAUGUUUGCAAUUGGCCUAUUCCUAGACGGUAAUAAACUGUUCUGACUUUUAAACGGAGCUUGUCCAAAUUUGUGUUGAAUUUUUAAAUAGGGCUUGUCCAAUUUUGUAUUGGUUAAGGAUUCAAGCUGUUCAAUUGUAUCUCUUGUGGUUUAUUACUUGAUAUUGGAGGAAUUCAUUGAAGAUUUUGCUUGUGCUGUAGUUAACGCUAUAUCUAAACUACUCACUACACAGGUUUUCAGUAGAAUUAUUGGAAGUGGUGGAAGCAGUUAGUUAUUUAAUUGAUUGAAUAAAUAAGAGACAGGUGCAGAUUGUGAUGUAUUGAAAAUUCUUAUCAGAGUUUACCAAAUAAACCCAUAAUGUGCUACAUACUGAUAUAUAUUUAUUAUAUAAACCUUUGUGUCAUGGUGUGUCAGUUUUAUUGUUGUCAUCGAAUCAACUUCAGUUGAGACUGAUCUUUUUCAGCCGACUAAUUGUAGACAAAUAUACACAAAGAUUUUCUGUAUUUCUUCUGGGGAAUGGUGUUUCAAAAACAUGUUUGGCAAGAACACAAGUAAAAGUACACAGAGAAGUAGACAGUGUUUAUAAAGACUUACUGUUUCAUUCCAUGUGAAUUAUUUAUUACAUGUUAAACAUUCCCUUUCGUAACUGAUUAAUAUGCACAAAGAUAAUGAAGUGAGAGAUAAUAGAACCCCCAUGAGUGCAUUUAAUAAAAUGACAAUCGGCCUCACUUUUACAACCUGCUUUAUACAAUAUUGGAUACACCUGUUAAUCUGGUUGACGAUGGACACUUGUGUUGCAUGCAUGCACCAAAUGCAACUAUCAACCAAUAAUGUGCCUUCUUCUUGAUCUCUGUUAGGGCGCUGUUUUUUGCUCAGUAUAAUCAUAGAAAAAGAUGGUAUAAUGUAGGCUUGGGAUUACACGCAGGCCACGUAGGCCAGUGUCUUCAUUUCCCCUGGUCUUGGCCUUGGUGCCCCUUCAAAAGUUCCCAUGGACUUUAAGUUUUUCCAAUGGAAGUGUCCUUUGUAAAAUGGCCGUGCUCUUUCAAAGAUGAAAUUCCACCCUGAUAAUAAAAGACUGGCCGUGAUUAGGCAAUAACACUUGAGUUUUCUGGAUCUUAAUAUUUGUCAUAAUUCCAUGCUUAAAAACAUGAUUAAUAAUAUCCCAAGAACCAUGUAGCUCUCCGUAGGAAGAUCAGUGAGAAACUGAAAAAUUACUAAAACUUCCAUGUACAUGUACAUUGUUCUUUAAGCUAAGGAUUCUGUGUGCAGUUGCACUUUGCAAAUGAUAACCUGUGAUGAUCUGCUCCCAUUAAUACCCCACUAGCUGCCGGGCAACCUCGGUAGUCUAGUUGGUAAGACACUGCUCUAGAAUUGCAAGGGUCGUGGGUUCAAAU